AUGGAAAACCAAGAUAACCUUAACGAAGUCGCCGUAGUCCCUCAUCGUCCUCACGGACAACUUCAUGCACCCAUUGUUUCCGGAGAGUCUGACAUUGGAGAAACAGACGAACUCUAUGGGUUGGAUCCUUCCGACCCAACUCACGCGGAUGGUUUGUAUGGUGCCAAUCUAGACGAAGAAGAUGAAUCCUACGUUUACAGGCACAUGCGCGGUGGCGUAAAAGAAAAUAUAUCGGUUAUCUAUGACGACGAGGGGGUGAAAAAGACCAAAACUAUUUCCGUAUUGAAACCUCGACAUUCGGAUGCCCAACUGCAAUGCCCUUGCUGCUUCCAGAUUGUUUGUAUGGAUUGUCAACGGCAUGAACGUUAUUACAAUCAAUUUCGAGCCAUGUUUGUCAUUGGUAUUGCAGUGGAUUGGCAUUCCAAGCUGGUCUAUGAUGAAUUACAGCAAGCACUUGUGCCCAAACCAUUCGAUGUUGAGACGGAAACGGACGAAACUUUUGACGGGAUUUCCAAGAAUGUGGCAGAGGGUGAUUAUUUCGCCGUCUUGUGCGCCAACUGUAGCACACAAGUAGCAGUGUUGGAUAUGAAGGACGAGGUUUAUCAUUUUCAUGGGUGCUUGGAAUCUUCCUGA